AUGUCUCCCAGGAGAAGUGAUGCAAACGCGUGCACCAGCUUCCCCCGGAGCCGCGUCAUCUCUACAAAUUAUAAUGAAGGAUCAAAUGAAGCACAUAAAUCUCCAAGGUGCACACAGCCUGUCCGGGAGGAAAGACGCUCCUGUCCCAGCAUUAGACGCCUCCAGAUGGAAAGACAUCAGAUGAAAGAAAACAUGGAGCAACUAUUGAACAUGCAAACACGUUUUGUGAAGGAUCUGGAAGAUGUUUUGAACCAGCACGACGUCGCAGAGCGGAGGAAACGGGAGCUGCUUCACAAACACUGGACUGAGCGUCUGUGGUUACCUCUGCAAAAACGACUGAUCCAGCGCGUGGCGAGCUGUGGGGCGGCGGAGAUCAAGAGACGACAAGGCCUUUACAGUCACUAUCUGCAGCACUGCAACAGCAAGUUGGCAGAAAUUGAGGACAGACCUAAACAAGCUUGGAACUCCAUUUGUCUUCAUACAGAAUCAAAAAAUGACAGCAGACAGUUUGAGAAGCUACCUCCUCAUCUCCAGUCCUCCCUGGUCUCUGGCAGCUCGGUGAGAUCCUGGACACGACAUGGCACUCCCUCCAGUUCCUCAGCUUCGUCAUCUACAAAAACACUGACAGAACAGAGCGGCGAUGAUAAAAUGGACCUGCCAUCCAUUUUACCACUCCAGUGA